UAUAAGACUUGUGUUUCAUCAUCGUAAGGUAUUUUCUAUUUCUUUCUAAUUCACACAGGAAGGAUAAGAAAAAGUAAUCGAAUCUGAUUGCUCGAAAUUUCUCUCUCAAAAUCAAUCAUGAAACUGAGGCUAAGGUGUUUAGAAUCCAAAGAAACUCAUAGAAUUGAAGUUCCAAAUACUUGUAAUCUUCAACAAUUGAAGGAAAUUAUCAUCCUACAGCUCUUUCCUUCAUCAUCUUCUUCUUCGAUUUCUGCAGUACAACAUAAUUUGAUAUUCUCUCUCAAUAGAAAAGAGAAACUUUCUGGAGAAGAAUCUCUUCAAUUUCUCGGCGUUACAUCAGGUGAUCUUAUUUACUACUCUCAAAACCCUAAUGCAUUUUCGUCUCAAAACCCUAAUUUAUCGCAUGUUGAAUUAGAUAAUUCUCAGGGAAUUAGUACUAAAAGAGAUGAAGUUGUUAAUUUAGUGAAUACCCAGAAAGUAAAAUCUGUUAAUUUGGAUGAAUUGAGUGUACCUAGUGUUGGAAUUAGAGAUAUGAUGGAUGCCCAGAUGGAAGGAUCUUCAAAAUUGAGAAACCCUAGUGAUAAUUCUGGAAAUUUAGGGAAUUCGCAAAUGCUUGAAUCCUUUAAAGUUGAUGAAUUGAUUGGUUCGAGUGCUCCGUUUCGAGAAUCGAGUGGUGUUAAUGAGGAAAAAUCAAUUGAUUUGGUUGAGGAGACUGAUGAAAUGGAGGUUGAUGAUGAGGCUGAAGUAGAGGGAAAUUAUAGGCUUUCUGUACCAAGUUUUUUGAAGAAGGUAUUUGUGAAGGAGGUAGGAGAUGCAUCUAUUGGUGGUGAGGAUCAUAACCUGUUGGUGAUUGCUGUGCACGCUGUUCUAUUGGAGUCUGGUUUUGUGGCAUAUAACCCUGUUUCGGGCACGAAAGGCGAUGGCUUUCAUCUUACUGAGGCGUGGCCUUCUAAAGCUUUUGGUACAACUUUGCAUUAUACUCUCCCUGAUAUCUCAGCAUCUGAGGUUGUUGACACUGUUGUUUUGAAGUUUCGAGCGCUAGGAAAGUUUGUGAAUGUAUAUGGUUUAUUGCCAAAAAAGGGAUUUGGAGUCCACCGAGUGUGCCUGGAUGAACCUCGGUUCCUUCCAGCUUUGAGUUCCAUCUGGAAAAAAAGUGAUUAUACUGGUUCUCAGAACGAGAUUGAUGGAACCAGGAAAUUAUACCCAAAUCAAGAAAUUUUUGAGUUUUGGAAGAUGGUGAAGGAUGGGAUUUCAUAUCCAUUACUAAUAGACCUUUGCGAACACGUGGGUAUAGUUCCUCCAUCUUGUUUUAUGCUGCUUCCCACGGAGCUCAAACUUAAGAUUUUGGAAUCCCUUCCUGCAAUAGCUGUUGCUAGAGUGGAAUGUCUUAAUUCAGAAUUGAGAUUUCUUGCUUCAAACAAUGAUCUAUGGAGGCUGAAGUAUAAAGAAGAGUUUGGAUAUGCUCCACAAUCACAAAGGGAAGUGCAAUGGAAGGCUAAGUUCUGUUUAGAUUGGGAGAUCAGUAAGAAAAGAAAGAGGACGUGUAUGCAACUUAGGUGCAGAGAGCCUCCCCAUCCGUUUUUUUCAAGUCGAAGAGAUCCAAAUUUCUUCGGCCCAAAUCUCCGUACCUUUGUGAAUUAUGGAGGUUAUGAUAGGCAUCCACCUUUACCUCCACUUCGAGGGGAUAUGAUUUUCAGAACAAACUGUGAUUUAGGCUGGCUAUAAGCCAGAUUUAGACUGGAUAGGGAGAAUCUGAACUCUUCACUGGUGACUUACUACAAGUUCAUUGUUAUUGUUUAUACAUAUGUGGUACUUCUUUUGUCAUAAUGCUUCCCAGAGUUGAACAAGCUUUGUUUGAUAUCUGCUUAUCGACCGGGUCGGAACUUCAGCUCUCUGCAACACUCAGACUCGUACUUUUCAGGCCAGUAAUCAAAAUUGUCUUUGUAGCUUCCAUUUGUUUUUGGUUCUGUUUUUUGAAUCUUUUAGCAAUAAGGUUUGCCAUGUCUUGAAAUAAUCGAAACACUCUUUUGCUAGCA